CUUUAGUACGUGCGAUUCACGAGGGCCAACCAGUACUAUCACCACCGAAAUUAUUCUGCGAUAUAUAAAACUCGAUCCGCGCGCAGUGCGCUUCCAUAGCCUUUCGGUAAAAUGUCGUUCGAGCGACAUUCGUUGAUUGCAACCUUACUGUAUAGUGUAAUAUUUGUGUUGACCGAGGCUGGUCAACAUCCAAAAUGUGGAAAGAACGAGUUACUCAGUCCAACCGCUCUCAGCUGUGAGCCAACAUGUACUAACGAUUGUUCAAAAGCCAUGGCAUCGAGAACAUACGUGUAUCGACCCACUUGCGUGUGUGAGCCUGGCUAUGUUCGACACAAUAGCAAGUGCAUCAAAAAAAUAUUCUGUCCGAGAAACCGGACCAUUUCUGGAGAUCAAUAUAGAUUAAGCCGGAUCGCUACCACUAUUAUGCCCAACAUUGAAGUAUCGAAUUUAAAAGUUAAACCGUUACAUAAGACUCGAUCGGUUUAUUUGAGAGCACCUAAGAUUUAUGAUAAGAAGUCUGCAACACUAUCAACAGAUCCAUUCCAAAACAUAGAUCAGAUACAGUACGUUAUUCCAUACCAUCAGGAUGCACAAGGUUAUGAACCAAUAACGAGUUUAGAGAGACCUUUAUUAUUUGAAUAUCAACCAAAUGAUCCACCUGUAGUAAACAUAAUCGAUUCUCCGCAGAUAUAUCCCUCGAUAAAAGUCGAUGUUGAUGUACCAUGGAUAUAUCCUGCGGAUGAUGGAGACAAUUAUCAAAAGUGCCGAUAUCCAGAUUCUUGUCAACAUCAAGAACAUUCCCGAACGAAUAGUAUUCCAGGUUAUGAUUUGUUCUGUGAACAUCCUUUACAUGGAAAGAGACCGUGUUCUUUUUCAUCAAAACCUUACCCAGUGACCAGCACAACAACUACUGAGUUACCUUGUGAAACCACUACCAGCUCAUCACAAUUUUUAUCAACAACAACUAUUGAAGUGACAACAACAGCAACCUUUAGAACAACAGAAACGACAGCAUCAACAACCGAACUGACAACAACUACUACAGUCUCAACGUCACCUAUUCAAACAACAACAGCAUCAACAACAACAGAGCUCCCCAUAACUACAUCUACCUCAACUAAAGUCACAACGCCAAUCCAAACAACAGUAACAACAACCUUACCAAGAACCACAACAACAACAGUUGCAACACCAUCAACAACUGAGCCACCAUUAACUACACCAACUACAAUUGAAGUCACAACAACGGCACAAACAACAACAACAACAGCAGUACCAACAACAACAUCAUCAACAAUAUCCACAACAACAUUCGUUACGACUUCCACUGCAAAUACACCAGAAUACACACCAACCCAGCCCGCUACUACGGUGACGACUCUAGCCGAUACAACGCCCAUAACGAGCACUACAGAAGGUUGCGGACGACGUCGAAAACUGAGCAGGUGCAGACCGUGUUGUGUACCGACGUGCGAGGAUGAUUGUGGCAAGGCUCAAUGUGCUACCGAGAUGUGCAUCGCAGAGUUUAUCUAUGUCUGCACGGAGGGGCACGUGCUACACAGAGGAAAGUGCAUUCGCAGGGACCGUUGUCCUCCCCGCAUUCGUGUAUCGCAUCGACGACCGAAAUGGGGUGUUAAGUCAAAGGGUAACACCAAACCCAAAGCCUACCCUUUGGAAUCAUAUGAAGUUAGAGUGAAGGACUUUCCCUUUGAAGAUUUCGAGGAUGUAUCUGGAUCUCUGUAUGAUUAUUAUUACCAUUAUGAUUCCGACGAAUAAACAUAUUUUUUUUAAUGACAGUCGCAUCUGUGAGUGAAUAGUCAAAUGUUUCGUCCUGUUAAUUAUUAUUCAUGUUGAAGUCAUCAUCAGGCAUUCCUCUAUUUAAGAUUUAUCAUAACAGUAUUUAUUGCUUAU